CCUAGGUGCUAACCUGCCAGUGCAACCCCGCCAAUGGCGAAAGCUCCGGUGUUUGUCGCGCUCUUAUGCCUCGCGGCCUUUGCGCUGGCCAGCGGUGCCGAUGCCAGGAAGAUGGUCGGUGUAUACGUGCUCAAGAAAGGAGACUUCUCCGUCAAGAUUACCAACUGGGGCGCCACUAUCAUGUCGAUCGUCGUUCCUGAUUCCAAAGGGAAUUUGGCUGAUGUUGUGCUUGGUAUGGACACCCUCGCUGAAGUUGUGAAUGAUACCUCUUACUUCGGCCCGCUCACCGGGCGCGUGGCCCAAAGGAUGGCGAGGGGCCGCUUCGUCCUCGACGGCAAAGUAUACCACACAUACCUCAACGACGGCAAGAACGCAAUCCAUGGUGGUCACAGGGGGUUUAGCAAGGUGAUAUGGACGGUGAAGGAGUACGUCGCCGGCGGCGACUCCCCAUACAUCACGCUCUACUACCGCAGCUUCGACGGAGAGCAAGGAUUCCCCGGAGACCUGGACGUGUACGCGACGUACCAACUGUCGAGCCCAUACGUUCUCAGCAUUCGCACCAACGCGACGGCGCUGAACAAGGCGACGCCGGUGAACUUCCUGCAACACGUGUACUGGAACCUGGGCGGGCAGGGCAGCGGCGACGUCCUUGGCCACACCCUCCAGCUCUCCGCGUCCCGGUACACGCCGCUGGACGAGGAGAGCCUCCCCUCGUCGGGGCGCGUCGACCCCGUCGCCGGCACCAACUACGACUUCCGGACGCCGACGCCUAUCGGAGCGCGCAUCCGGCAGGUCAUGGGUGGCCAGGCGGUUGGGUACGACGUCAACUACGUGAUCGACGGGGAAGGCAUGAGGAAGGUGGCCGCCGUCAGGGACGUCAAGUCCGGCCGCGGUUUGGAGAUUUCGGCCAACCAGCCGGCGAUGCAGCUCUACACGGGCAACUGGCUGAACAACACCAAGGGGAAGGACGGCAUGGUGUACAACCAGUACGGCGGGUUUUGUCUGGAGACUCAGGCAUACCCCGACGCCGUGAACCACCCCGAAUUUCCGUCCAUCAUAGUGAGGCCCGGCCAGGUGUACAAGCACGACAUGGUCUACAAGUUCUCCUACUAGGUACGCUAGCCUCUGGCUGCGGAAUGCGGUGAUUCAUGUUUCGACCUCUGUAAUUCAUUAAACU